AAUUGUAAUCGCAAGGAAAAUAUUACUACUUUAUCAUGUCUUCAAUGCUGGUCAAAGUUUUGUGGGCAGGCAGAUUAAGUUAUGGUUCUGGACUUAAGUUACAAAAAAUAUUAGCCAACCAGCAUCAUCAAACCUUAAGCAAGGAUACUUGUAAUACAUUAGUAUUGCUUGAACAUGAUCCAGUGUUUACAAUUGGAAUUAGAGAUAAAGGAUAUACAGUUGAAGAAAAAGAAAGAUUGAAAAAAUUAGGUGCUGAAUUUUUUAGAACAAAUCGAGGUGGUCUUAUAACUUUUCAUGGACCUGGACAAUUAGUGGCAUAUCCUAUAUUAAAUCUAAAACAAUUUAAAUCCAGUGUUAAGUGGUACGUCUCUCAAAUAGAAGAAAUGGUAAUUCGUUUGUGUGCAGAAUAUGGCAUUAAAGCUGAAACAUCACCUGAUACUGGCGUAUGGGUAGGUGAUAAAAAAAUUUGUGCAAUUGGUAUUCAUGGAAGUCGUUAUAUAACAACACAUGGUUUAGCUCUAAAUUGUAAUACAGAUUUAAGUUGGUUUGAUCAUAUUGUACCUUGCGGUAUCGAAGGAAAGGGUGUAACUAGUAUCAGCAAAGAACUAAGCAAAAAUAUAACUAUUCAAGACAUAUUACCACUUUUUCAAAAUGCUUUUCAAGAUCAAUUUAAUUGUACAUUAAUUCCAUACUCAAUAGAAGAAUCUAUGAAAUUACUUAAAACUGCCAACGAUGUGUGUGAAUGAAUUUAAAACAUGUUGUGCAUAAUGUAAUGAUUUUAACAAAUUCAUAUUUGUAAUAUUUUACUAUUUGAUUAAAUUUUUUAUUAGUAAUUA